GCGUCUGGAAUUCCAAGCAAACGACAAGCAAAAGGCAACGUAAACGGUUGAGUUAGUGAGAUCUUGCAUGCUGUUUAUUAAAGCGCAACAAUAAACAAAAAUAAGAACAAAAUACGUAGAUUAUAAUUAUUCAAAAAGUAAAACAUAAGAAAAAAAAACUAAAAGUAACGUUACAAUAUCAAUUUGGGCACAGAAGAUACCACAACAGUAUUUGUACGAGCAUACGAAUCAAAAUGCCAUAAAAAUCAGUUCUUGGAAUUUUUGGUAACAUAUAUAAACGGUUUCUGAGAAUUACCAAUACCAGUGCCAACAAGUGCCUCGUUCCCGUGUGUGCCCCACAGGUAUUUGUCUAUCGGAUAGCAAAGAUGCAAAUAAAUAAACAAAAACGAACAAUGCAACAAUUAACACUGGCACUUGCUCUGCUUUUUGGCCUGCACAUCCUGGGCUCAAACGGACAGCAUCCGUCGCCCGGCUGGGUGGUGCCCGAGAAGGCCGAAGUGCCCGUUGGCAGCGAUCUGAACAUUAGCUGCACCAUUAACCAGGCAUUCUUCGACUCCUCGAAGACCAACGAGAGCUGCAACGUAUCGGAUCUGUAUUUCAAGGCAAACAUCAAUGGUCGUCGCGAAUAUUUCAAUGGCACCGAUUUGCAAUUGAUCAACGAUACAACAAUUCUGUUGUCGUUCACGAACAUGUCCGAUCAGGAGGGCGAAUAUCUGUGCAUGUGCAAGGAGAUGGGCAUGUUCUCGUCCCAGGUGGAUGUUGGCACCAAGCCGUUGCCAGUCGACAAUUUCGAUUGCACCAGCUACGAUUGGGAGUAUAUGUUUUGUAAUUUUACGGCGCCGCGGAAUAGCAUCAAUACCAAAUACAAUAUCAGCUUUACCACGGAGAAGAAUACCAAUUAUCGUUAUUAUGUCGACUGCAAUUUUGAUGCAUCGCCGCAGGUCAAUUGCAACAUCACCAGCGAACAGUAUAAAAAGUUUCCGGAAUGGUAUUAUUUUCAUCUGGAUAUUGCCAACAGUUUGGGCAACGAUACCCAAGACAUUAAGGUGGAUAAUGUGGAGCGCAUGAUACUGGCACGACCCGGACAGAAUUUGAGGGUAUUGAAUCGCACCCAAGACUCGAUUUGCCUGACGUGGGAGAUGCCGCGACGGAGCAAUUUCAUUGGCGGCGUCUUGUGGCAGGUGCAUGUAACGCCCGAGAAUUUUCCAAUCAUAAAACGGCCCAUGUGGCGCAACAGCUCAUCGGCGGCGAAGGAUACGCUCUGUCUGACCGAACUGCCCUAUCCGGGCUACAAUUAUCUGCUCGAGCUGCGCGUGCGCAACAACAAGACCAAAUCCCGCUGGAGCCAGCCGCUCAGCUAUCCAUUUCGCACGGUCGCCGAGCGACCGGCACGACCGCCGCGCAUGACCAACGGCAGCUUCUACGUUUACUCCACGGGCGAAUCCUUGACCCUAUACUGGGAGCAGCUGGCGAAGCAUGAGCUGAAUGGCGACAACUUUACCUAUAUCGUCAGCGAAUAUCGCUGCAACAACACAAUCACCGACCCCUCGAGGAUCAAGGUAGACACGAACUCGGCCACAAUUGAGAACUAUACACAGGAUGCCUACCAUGAGAUCUACAUACGCAGCAGCAACAAUGUGAACACAUCCGUGGAGGCGAGUCGCCUCGUCAUACCGAUGAUCAGCAGCGAGGAUACGAGCCUGCGUGUUCCAAUGAAAAUCCAGCGUGUCUAUCAUUCGAGCAACUCGAGCUAUACGCUGGGCUGGAAGGCGCCGAGAAACAUCUCUCAGCUGAUCGACUAUACGGUCUUCUGGUGCAAUGCGAAGCCGGCGCUGCUCUCCAAGUGCAAUGGCUCCAUACACUUCGAGCAUGUGGCUCCGGAUCGGCUGGAGUAUAGCACGGCGAGCGGUCAGUCGCCGUCAUUGAAUAUGGCCGUAUCGGCAAACUAUUUGGGCCGCAAUACGGGCAUGCAUUGGGUGACCUGUACGGGCGAUGGCAACGAUGAUCUGGCCAAAAUGGAUCCGGCCAUUGAUGAUGUGACCAAUACAUCGCUAACCGUUAAAUGGGGCACCGAGGGUGUCUGUGCGGCCAUUCUUAGCGGCUACAAUCUGACCUAUUGCCAGCGCUCCGAGGGCAAGGCGGACAACUGCACCACCAAGGAGCUGACCAAGGAUGUCACCGUCUAUACCAUCAACGAUCUGGAGCCGUUCACCUACUAUGGCAUCAAGAUGUCCAUGUAUUCGCUGAAACGUGCCAGCAAAUACAGCGACGAGCUCAUCUGGCGCACCAACGAGGGCGCUCCAACUCCGCCCCGGGAGCUCUUUCGGGUUAAUGGUAGCAGCUCGAGUGUGACGCUCGCCUGGAAGCCGCCGUUGAAGGCGAACGGACUGUUACGCGACUAUCUUGGCACCGUUUACCAUAAUAAUAAGACGUUUCAUUUUGAGUUGCGCGCUUUUACCGAACAGCUGGUCGACACCGAGAAGCUCAUCCACUAUGAGCUAAACAAUUUAACAGCCUACACUGAGUACGAGAUUGUGCUGCGUGCACGGACCGUACUCUAUUCGGAGCCGAGCAAUGUCAUCAGCUUUCGCACCGCCGUCGGAGUGCCCUCGCCGCCCACACUAAUGCACGUGGAGAACACACAGCUGAGCACGACGCUGGAGUGGAUGGCACCGCAGCGUCCGGCUGGACGUCUUGAGUACUACGAGGUGGUCAUCAUAGAGCGCAAUGCCAACAACACGGUGAUUGGCCAACCCCUGAGCUAUGUGAGCGCACGCCCCAACUUGACCUGUGUGAUGGCCACGCCCGUUUGUACGCCGCUGCACCGUUUCCAUUACCAGGUGCGCGCCGUAAAUGCGGAGCCACUGCAUCCAGAAGUCGCAGCUAAAAAUACGAUGUGGCGCUUGACGCAAACGCAAAAGUGCGUGGCCCAGCCACCGCUAACGGAUGGCGAAUGGAGCGCCAUCCAGACGUACAAAAACUCCAGCCUAUAUCGUUUGUACAAGUCGAGCUGGGCCAAGCACGAGGUGAGCUGCUCGCCGGAUCCGAGCAAUACCAAGCUGCUCGUCAGCUCCAUGGAGGUAAUUGUCGCCCUGAUUGUGCUGGGCGUUGUUUGCCAUACGGGAUAUCGCAAGUACCAGAAGAUGGCGGACAUUGAUCUGGUGCUGCCGCCGGGCAUUGUCGAGACCCUCAAGAAGCCCAUCGAGAUUGGAGUGAUGAGCGGCAGCGGCGGCGGCAACGCUGGCAACGGCAGCGGCGGCGUAGUCGGCGGCAUUGGCAGCAUCGUUUGCACACGAAUCGAUCCGAUACCGGACUAUAAUAUAUAUUCGCCGCACGAUAUGCCGCACGAUUUUAGCAGCGGCAACGAGAGCUCCAAGCUGCUGCUGGCAAACAAUUCGAGCAACAACUAUGAGGAGCCAGCGACGGCCAGACGGCCACCGGCCAGCUAUAUGUCCAUGAGCCAAGGCCUGCUGCUGGACGAUGACGGGCAGGCGGGCGCCACGGAGCUGCAGACAAGCAACAGCAAUGCCACGCCCAGCGGCUAUAUAAAGCCCACCAAAAUGAUGAACUGGUCGACGCCCAACAGCAGUAUGGCCAACACAUUGCCCAGCGGCAAUGCGCAGUCGCCGCCGCAGCCGCAAUCGAUGCUGGUGACAAUGCCAUUGAGCGGCUAUGUGCCUGUUCAGGUGCUGCAGGCGCGACCAACACCGGCGCCAGUUGCGUCAACUAUGUCCAGCAACUAUGUUCAGGCAGCCGAUCUGCACAAGCUCAAGCCGGCAACAACAGCAGCAGUAGCAGUCCAAGCAGCAGCGGCUCCGGCGCCAAUUGGAGUAGCAACAGUUGUGUCAGCGACAGCAGCUACUGGAGCAGCAACAACAACAACAACAACAGCUCUGUCAUCGCCAUCGUCGCCAAUGUCGCCGCCGCCACCUGCCACAACAACAACCACAUUGAUGCCCAACGGCUUUGGCUAUACGGCCAUGGAGCAGCUGCAGCGCAACGGGCUGAUGAAACCAACCGGAGCAGCGCUGCAGCAGAGCGCGGCGACGGCACAGAAUGCUCAACAGACGACGCACAGAUUGCAGCCAAAUAUUGGCGGUUAUGUGACGCCGCAGGAUCUAAAUGCAUUGGCGCACAAUCGUCAUAUGCUCUAAGCUGGACAGGAUCAGCAGCAGAGCAGCAGAGAGAGAGAGAGAGAGAGAGCGGGAGAGAGAUUUUUGCUGCGUUGGCGGCGAAUGAAUGAUUCGUUCGUGGCCAGUGCAGCCAGCUAGCAGCUACUAUUGCCUUCCACACACACACACACACACGCACACACACACCUGGAGAGAGAGAGAGAGAGAGAGCGAACGAGAGAGAGAGAGCGACAUUGAACUGCGAGGGAAACACUUCAUGACAAUUACACCUAUAAAUUAGCUCAUUUUUCACAUGUGCACAACCUUUUUUU